AUGGAUACCUACGAUAUAUUCAAAAAGCUAAGCCGAGGAGCUAAAUUUUCUAAAAAAAAUAAUGCGAAACAGAUAAAUGGAGUAAAACUAGAGGAAGAGCCGCUACUAAUAAAGCAAGAACCUCGAGAUAAACAUAAAACAUCAAAGCCCGAAUUGAACCAGGAUAAUGCCAUUACACUCUUAAAUGGUAUGGUUACAGAAAAAAGAGGAAAGAAACGAAAGAUCACUGACGAUGAACAAAAAAUCAAACAAAUCGAACAGGAAAAGAUAAAUCACUAUAGAAAUAUUAACAAUAUUACAGUAGUUGGACGACACAUUCCUGAUCCUUGCAAAUCAUUCGAAGACUUUACAGUAGAUAACGAUAUUAUUAAUAAUUUAAAACAAUGCGGGUUUGAAGAACCGACGCCUAUUCAAAAACAAGCUGUACCAUUAAUGUUACAGGGAAGACAAAUUUUAGCUUGCGCACCUACAGGAUCAGGAAAAACGGCGGCAUUUUUAGUGCCUGUAAUACAGUCGUUGAAAGGGCCACAGAAACAAGGUUUUCGUGCUUUGAUUUUAUGCCCGACGAGAGAAUUGGCCAAGCAAACGCAGAGAGAAUGCGACAGGCUUGCCGACGGUAGAGGUUUUAGAGUCCAUAUAAUUAGUAAAAUAAAAAAAGCCAUGACUCAAUAUAACCCUAAUGGUUCACAAAAAUAUGAUAUAUUAGUUACUACUCCGAAUCGUUUGUGUUAUCUACUGAAACAGGACCCUCCAGCUUUAUCGUUAAGAAAUGUGGAAUGGUUGAUUAUUGAUGAAGCUGAUAAAUUAUUCGAAUCGGGAGUAAGAGGUUUCAGAGAACAACUAACUGAUAUUCUAAAAGCCUGCGACAAUGAAAACAGAAAAAUAGCCAUGUUUAGUGCCACUUACACUCCCGUCGUUGCAAAAUGGUGUGUUCACAAUAUGAAGGGAUUAGUAAGAAUCACCAUUGGUCAUCGAAAUGCCGCUACAGAGUUAGUAAAGCAGGAGCUUUUAUUCGUUGGCAAUGAGCACGGUAAAUUAUUAGCAUUUAGAGACCUGGUGAAGAAAGGUUUGAGCCCUCCGGUCCUAGUAUUUGUUCAAAGCAAAGAAAGAGCCCAACAAUUAUUCAACGAGCUAAUAUAUGAUGGAAUUAAUGUUGACGCAAUACAUUCUGAUAGAACGCAAUUACAGAGAGACAACACGGUGAGAUGUUUUCGAGAAGGGCGUAUAUGGGUGUUAAUUUGCACUGAACUGAUGGCCCGUGGUGUUGAUUUUAAAGGCGUUAAUUUAGUUAUUAAUUACGAUUUUCCGCCUUCUGCGAUAUCUUAUGUACACAGAAUUGGAAGGGCUGGUCGAGCGGGGAGAGAAGGGCAAGCUAUUACUUUUUUUACUACCGAAGAUACGACUAAUUUAAGAAGUAUUGCUCAUGUGCUUAAAGAAUCUGGUUGCGAAGUUCCUUCGUAUAUGCUGAAAUUAAAGAAGGUGUCGAAGGCCCAAAAGAAAAAACUUCAAGCUAGUGCUCCUAAAAGAGACGAAAUAGUUACAAAGCCUUUAUAUGAUAGAUUGAAAGGAGGCAAAAAGAUGAAAUUUAGAGAAAUUAGCAAAAAGAUAAAGGAAAAAAAGGAAAGUAAUGCUAAGAAGCCAAAGAAGAGGAAAAUUCACUUAACCAAUGGGGAAAAUGAAUAA